UCAUCAUUCUCCAUAACCACCACCACCUACUCACACGGCGACGACGACGACGACACUGACAGUGACGGCGAACACAACCUCCUGAAGAGCUAUCCACUUUUGUGGGAUAUUCACUAGCAUGUCUGUGUCUUACUUGCCCCAAGCUUCGCGCAAGCAGCAAAGCCCUCAGGCUUCAGAAGAGAGCGCCGAUGUGCCUCGCGUUGCCGAAGAUAUGCAGGAGGCGUACAUUGGGGCUAAAGAGAGGCUUCUGAACGCCAUUGACUCAGCAAAAUCACUGCUUGGCGGCCUUCGCGAUUUCAAUAAGACAUCGUGGGUUGUCAGGUACCCUCAAUUGCAGGAGCAGCCCGAGGAGAAUGCGGAGCAACCCGCAUCCCCAAAGAGACGCAAGGGCAUGCGCCGUUCGCUUUCCUUCCCAGAUGAUCCAAACUUCCAGGCGGAGGUCGUUGUCAACCCGACUCGUGCAGGCAUGGCCCGUUCCAUGACCUUGGCGUCCAUUGCAGACGCCGAGGAGGAGCCAGAGGUCGCACCGCAAGAGGAGGCGGAGGGUCUUAUCCCUUCUCCAGAUUCGGCCGACUUCCAUGUCAUCCGCCUCGACCUUAAGCUGGGCGCACACGGGUCGACAAGCUCGCCAGCGGCUCUCGUCUCGCAGCUGGAGAAGUCUUCCAUUGCCAAUCUUUUGGACGAACGGAUUAGCAAUGCUGUCACUCACAUCGACAGGCUCCGUCUGCGUGUGGAGGACACCUCGUCAAAGGUACUCGUUACUGGCGACCUCAAUGCUGGCAAGUCGACGUUCGUGAACGCGUUGUUGCGUCGCGAGGUCAUGCCGGUUGACCAGCAGCCAUGCACUACGGCGUUCUGCGAAGUACAUGACGCUGUGUCGGAGAACGACGGCAAGGAGGAAGUGCACAUCCUCAAGGACGGCGUAUCAUACAGCAGGGAGGACGAGUCGACGUUUACACGGGCCGCUCUUUCGGAUCUGGAGUCAUUUGUGUCCGAGAACGAAAACGAAUCGCAGGUGCUCAAGAUCUACCUGUCCGACUCGCGUGAUCCGGCCAGUUCGCUGCUGAGCAAUGGCAUCGUCGAUAUCUCGUUGAUCGAUGCCCCCGGCCUCAACCGCGACCUCGUCAAGACGACGGGUGUGUUCACUCGCCAGGAGGAGAUUGACGUCGUCGUCUUCGUCGUCUCGGCGGAGAACCACUUCACGCUGUCGGCGAAGGAGUUCCUGACGACGGCUAGCAAGGAGAAGGCGUACGUUUUCAUUGUCGUGAACAAGUACGACCACAUCCGCGACAAGGCCAAGUGCAAGAGGCUUGUGCUCCAGCAGAUCAAAGAGCUCAGCCCAGCGACGUACGACGACGCCGAGGACCUCGUGCACUUCGUCGACUCGGCAUCGGCCAUAGAAAACGGCACUCCAGACUUUGACAACCUCGAGUCGUCGCUCCGCUCGUUCGUCCUCGUCAAGCGCACAAAGUCCAAGCUUGCGCCUGCGUCGACAUACCUCCACCACGUCCUUUCUGAUGUCGGCUUGCUCAUCGGUGCCAACGCCAUCGUUGCCGACUCCGAGCUCAAGCGCGCUCGCGAGGACCUCGACAGGUCGCGCCCCGUCCUUGAGAAGAUGAAGAACGGCCGUCAGAACCUGGAGGACAGCCUCGAGUCUGUUGAGGAGGAAGGCGCGUCGGCAACGCGUAGCCGAACCAAAGAGCUGCUCUCGACUGCUCUCGACCGCGUUAGCCAAGGCAAGCUCGGCGUCGACCUCGCGUCGCUCAAGAUGCCGACUUACCCUGGUCUGCUCAAUAUCUGGGACUACGCUCGGGACGUCAAGCAAGCUCUGCUCGCGAGCUUGGACAUGGCUGUCAAGCUGGCCGAGGACGAGGCUCGCGUCACGACGUCGAACUCGGUCAACAAGAUCUCGCGUAUGGGCGACGAGCACCUGCCCGAGGGCAUCGAACGGCCACGGCGUGUGUUCAUGCCCGAAGCGAUGUUCUCUGUGCGCGCUGAUAAGAACGCGCGGAGGAAGAGCCGGACCGUGUCGAGUGGCGCCGUCGUCGCAGGCGGCAUGCUUGGCCUGGGUAUCGGGCUCUCACAGCGCUCGGACAUGCUGGAGACGAGCUUCUUCGAUCUGUUUGACGUGCACCACCAGUUCUGGGUCACGUUCGGCGACAAGAAGGCCGAGGACGAAGAGGAGAGCCCAAUGACUGCCCUCAGUGUCGCCUCAGUCGGCAUCGGCGCGGUUACGAUGGUCGGCGGGCAGGCAAUUGGCGCACGCGGGAUCAUCGAGGGCUUCGUUCGCAUUGGCGCGCUGUUCGAAAACGAGAACGCGCGCAAGUGGGCGGCGCCCAUUCUCGGUGCUGUCACCAUCGGGGCGGCGGUGUACUUUAUCCUCGAGCUCCCGAGCACGAUCCCUCGGACUAUUGGCAGGCGGAUCAAGACGACGCUGGCGAAGGAGGCUGAGGAGCGGGGUGCAGAGGGCACGUUCGUUGAACUACACGGGCUUCGAGUGAGCCGAGAGACACGCAAAGUGCUUCGGCUGGCGUCGUGGGACUUGAAGGAGCGUUUCCGCACGGCGAUGGACGAGAAGAACAGGGAGGUUCAAGGCGCGGAGGACGUCGAACACAAGGCAAGGAAGGCGCUCGAGUACUUCCUCAGUGUCGAGCGCGAGACCAGGGAAGUGCGCAAGCUCGCAGGAUUGGGCCUGACUGCGUGAGGCGCCCUCAAUUCGUUUUCGUGUCUGACUGGAACCUUCGACUUCGCGGCGCGCGGCCUGUAUGGUUCGCCGUCGAUUAGAGCGAGCCUCCUUGGGUGCACUUACUCACUUCGACUAAUUCGUACGUUCGGCUCUGUUAUUUCGUCCGUCACUCCUUCAUGUUCCCUUAAGCUUGUCUUCUGUCUCGACUUACAAUACGGAUCUCCUUGUAUGCUAGAUCACUCCCCUAUGCAGAUGUCUGCUACGUGUACGUCAUGACCUGUCUACCAGCCGCGUUGCUACAGUCUGUUGCAAUAUGAUGCUGUGUUACGAACCAUGUA